AGAAAUAAAGGAAAGUGAGCAUCUCCGGUGAAGCACAGACAGUCUCCAUGCCACACAGCACACUCCCCUUGGGCAAGACCUGGAGACUUUUGCCACUGAGUCGAGAGGCUGAAGGGCUGCAUAAGAAUUAGAGAAGCAUCAAGCAAAGCCAUGAUAUUUCCAUGGAAAUGUCAGCACCCUCAGAAGCGCUUAUGGAAUGUCUUCAAGUUGUGGGUCUGGACAGUGCUUUGUUGUGAUUUCCUGGUACAUCAUGGAACCCAUGGCUGGACUUACCAUUAUUCUCAACAUCCUAUGGACUGGAGAAUGGCUAGAAGGUUCUGCCAAAAAGAUUACACGGAUUUAGUUGCCAUACAAAACAAGGGGGAAAUUGAGUACCUGGAGAAGACACUUCCCCACAGUUCUACUUACUACUGGAUAGGAAUCCGGAAGGUGGGAGGGGUAUGGACUUGGGUGGGAACCAACAAGUCUCUCACUGAAGAAGCAAAAAACUGGGGUACUGGGGAGCCCAACAACAAGAAGACCAAAGAGGACUGUGUGGAGAUCUAUAUCAAGAGGCCCCAAGACUCGGGAAAGUGGAAUGAUGACUCCUGCCUCAAAAAGAAGGUAGCCCUCUGCUACACAGCUUCUUGUCAGCCCUGGUCAUGCAGCGGUCAUGGGGAAUGUGUGGAAACCAUCAAUAAUUACACCUGCAACUGUGAUGUGGGGUAUUAUGGACCCCAGUGUCAAUUUGUGGUUCAGUGUGAGCCUUUGGAAGCUCCUGAUUUGGGUACCAUGGUCUGUACCCACCCUGUGGGAAACUUCAGUUUCAGCUCACAGUGUGCCUUCAACUGCUCUAAGGGAACAGACUUAAUUGGGAUUGAAGAAACCACCUGUGGACCAUUUGGAAACUGGUCAUCUCCAGAACCAGCCUGUCAAUUGAUUCGGUGUGAGCCUCUAACAGCACCCGAUUUGGGGACCGUGGACUGUAAUCACCCCCUGGCAAACUUCAGCUUCACCUCUGCAUGCACCUUCCACUGCUCAGAGGGAACUGAGCUAAUUGGGGAGAAGGAAACUAUUUGUGGAUCAUCUGGAAUCUGGUCCAGCCCUAGUCCAAUAUGUCAAAAAUUAGACAGGAGUUUUUCAAUGAUCAAGGAGGGUGACUAUAACCCCCUCUUCAUUCCGGUGGCUGUCAUGGUUACGGCAUUCUCUGGGCUGGCAUUUAUCAUUUGGCUGGCAAGGCGAUUAAAAAAAGACAAGAAGUCUAAAAAAAGCAUGGAUGGCCCAUAUUAAACCACCUUCUGAAAAGAAAAUUCUUGGGAUACAAAAGAAUCAUUGGGUACUUCAAAUCCCUCCUUGAAAAGUUUUUCAUGGUGAUGCCUCCUGCAUUGAAGAAGAGAAGUGUUUCAGUGCAUCUGAAAAGAUUUGUAUAUGCGACCGGCAG